AGGAUCACUGCCUUUGGCAUCGGUCAGAAGAACUUGAUUGCAUCUGCUUGUAGAUACUUGAGUUUGGUUAUGUCGUCUGUUAUCUCUUGUCAAGAGCGGAAUUUGUUCUCAUUAACACUGCUCUAGCAGACACACCACAGUCAAUAACUGAAUUGCACGUUGCCAUUGUUGUGGUCAUGUUUGAACAUGACUAUUGUUGGUCCUGAAAAGCGUUCUUUAUGACUUGUGCGCAUUCGCCAACCGACGUAGUCUGUAGCUUGUCAUUGUCUUUGUUAGGAUUUCAUUGUGGUGUUCCGUGUUGAACAACAGGUGUCGGGUCAUUUUAGGCAAGACUUAACAACUUGCAUGGUGAAAACUAUUAGUGUUCAAACCAGACGUUGAAUGAGGGUGUCCCAUAAUGGGUCGUGUUGUUAAACCGUUUGUUGUAGUGGAGAUUUUCUUCCUGGUGGUAGCAUUUGCGGCUGCUUUAACGGUAGUCGUUCCCCUCUGGGAAACACAGGACCAAUUUCCUAAAGUAAAGUGCCUUCCAUACACAAGCGUCGACUACAUCUUCAACCCACCUCAUUAUUGGGGAAGCAUCACAGUCACGCCCCCGGACUCCAAUGGAACGUGCAACUACUGUAUAUUCUCAGAGAUAGCCGUCGCUGUGGUCGCUCUGUUCAGUAUCGUCUAUCGUAUAGUCACGGUUUGCGACCAAAAAUAUGACAUGUCCUUUCUGCGGACAAUAUCUGUGCCCAUCUAUUUGCUGUGUACUUUGAGUGCACUGGUUGAGGGUGUCAUUCUCCAAGUCGGUGUCAACCGCUUUCUGGCCAUGAUUAUGACUUACAAAACGGGAGACGAAAAAACCAAAACCUGCUACAUCGUUCAGGCAGGAUUGCAGAGAGCUGCUGAGUCAAGUUCGCUCAACUUGACCCUGAACUUCUGCACUGAGUUCAACGUUGCUACAGUGGCGUCCUGGGUCUCGACCGCGUCAUGGCUUAUCCUGACGUUGCUGGCAGGGAUUCAGUUUCACAUGCAACGUGUUAGCCCGUCAGCUGACCGAGAAAGGCUAGUCUAUGGAUCAAAGGACAGGCAGGAGACUUAGACAAGUCUAAGACCCAUGCCCUCACCCGCUACAAUUUUAAUUAGUUUAAUAAGAAAGAGUGGUAUUAAUGUUACGGACUAUGACAAGGAGGAAUCUUAGAACCAAAUUCGUUAGCGGGUGGGCUAGAGAUUGAGAUUUUUUCGUCCAUCCUUUUAUUGCCUUUCUAAGGGGUAAGGCUACAUUUUUGCACGCGUUUUGAAGGAAUGGAAAUGAAAUAGCCUCUUUCUAUUAUUGAAAAUGGCUCUUUUUCCGGGCUUGGCACUCACCCCCCUGCCCCCGAUCCGCCCUUAAAAUGUGACAGGUUUACAAACCGAUUCCAAGGCUGUAACUGCCAGAAUGGCAAUUCGCUGGAAUGAACCGAAUGAUAUAUAGACUGCGAGCAUUCGUGAAACCUCGCGAAAUCAUUACAUCUUAAUUGGCUUCGAUGUUAGGUUGCUUGGCAUAUCAGUAAGCAACGCUUUGAAAUUUUGAUUGUAUACAAUGAUGCAAAUGUGAAUACCGCUUGCCCGGCCUCGUUUUUACAUGGCAAAGCGCCCUCUAGUAUAUUUUUACGCAGAAGUUCGUUUUUAGUAGGCAUACUUCUGGUUUUUAUCUUUUUGUGUACAGAAGCUAGUACUUUCCUUCAAAAGGAUGAAAAAAGUGUCGAAGAUGUUUAAGAAAAUCGUCUUUAAACGUUAAUGCUAUUCACUUUUAUGUCAGUCUGAUUUAUUGACACAAAUUUUCUUGACAAAAUUCUUGUGACACAAAAUCAGUUUGUCGUUAUCACUUUGUUUACGUUUCAGUAAUAAUUCUGACGUAUACCUCUCCUUCAAUAGAGGCUUUGCGUGGUAGCCAUCUUGUAGGGCAGUUUUUCUUUUGUUCCACCGGGAAAUCUCCUUUGAGCAUGCUCUGAGGAAUAAAACAACUGCCCUGUAAGAUUGCCUAUAUUGUGGGUCUCGUGCGUGCCAAAUGUAUGAGAAAUGUAUUCCAAUCUUUAUAUUAAACAUGUAACACUGGAAUGUUGGUUUACCAAUCAAGGUGCGGUCGAUUCUCGAAGUGAUAUCAAUCUUUAAUUAAACUUAAUCAGAAUUGAAAGCACUCCAUAAUACAGUAGACUAAAUUGGUUACUGUCUAUCGUCUGUGUCCUUUCCGUAGAUUUCUUCUUUCAAAAACCUGCAGGCAUAUCUGGAAGUUGGAGAUUCUUUGCUAGGCGAGGAUUUUUUUUUUGGGGGGGGGUCAACCUCUUCCCCUGCUCUGACACAAAAAUAUAAAAUAAGAAACAAUGAAAUAACAAGUUAUAUUUUGAAAAGAUGACAUUCUUUAAAGGUUGUACAUUAGUAACUGUAAAGCUAUGCCUAUGUAGGCCCAUCUGUUUUGAAUAUUACCGCAUCGUCUGGGAAAAUGUUUUUAGGCUAAGUUCUAGGUUUAUUUUUGUUUUUUAUUUUUUACUCGUGUACCAACAUGCCAGGAUUACUCAUUAAAAAUUGUUAAAAGUGCAAUUUUUUGAGAGAGGUGAAGGAAAUUAGGAGGUAGAAUAUGGCUAAGGAAGCCCUCCCCUGUCCUAGAACCACGCCCCCGCUGCAAAGUGCCAACUCAGAAAAAAAGGAAUUUUUGGUUGGUUUAUUUUUAAUCUACUUUUUGUGCUGAAAGCACAAAUGCGUUGUUUGUUACUCUUGUCCACUGCUGUGUAAGGCUUCCUCCAAAAUCUCAUUAUCCACUGUUAAAUGUAAACUUUGUCCUUGUUGGUUGCUAUCUUCUGAUUUCGGCAACUUCAUUGACAUACUUAUUGGUUUUCAUCUCAUGCAAAUUUCUGACCAGAUUAUAGGGGCGGGAAAAUCCUCUUAAUAGCGGACUUUGUUCCGCUGCGAGUCGUUACGUAAUGAACGACUGCGUAAAAGCACCGACACAGAGAAUUAGAGUUCACGCCAAUGUAAACAAAGGGAAGGAGAUUAACAUAUUUUUCAUUAAAAAUUUCGAAAUAGUUGUCGUUGUGGUUCAGAGUUUCAGUACAGUUUCUGAUUCAGUAAGGGAAGCUACAGUGCUGUUGUUUUGACCGCUCUUCGAUGCACUUGAGUCUUUGUUAAGAUUACAAACGUAGCAUCAACAUCCUCCUGCCAAAAUUGUUUUUCAGAUUUUCCUUUUUAGCUCGAAGAUAUUAAUUUUCUACACUUCCCGUUUGAGUUUUCGCUGAGCCAGGUCGCGGGCGCAGUAUCUUCAUUGCAUUAUAUUGCUAAAGGCGUUUCAAGGUGCUUGAAUUCCUAAAAUGACGUCGGCCAUGUCUAGGUGCUUGAUCCUGUUGGAGACAGUUUUUCUUCUGGCUGCAGUAGCGGCUGGUUUAACGGCUAGUAUCUCAUUGUUGCUUGCUCGGGACGAAAUUCCCGACUCUAACUGCCUACUCUACGGGACUUUUAACUGGACUGGAGCCGCUGUAGAGGGCGACAAACCCAGAUGUGAUUUGAGCUUGUGCUUUCAGUUCGUCGUGUGCGGUGUAGGUUUGGUGAGCGCUAUCUAUCGGUGCCUCAACAUUCCGUGCGAGAAGUUGGACAUUAAGUGCCUGCGUGUGUUAUCAAUUGUGAUCUACCUGCUGUGUGUGGUCUGUGUUCUGAUCGAGAGUAUUCUGGUGUAUGUUGGGGUCGUACGAUUCUGCGACUCCAUGAUAGAAACUAACCCAGACCUUCCAGAAGAUUCGAGCUGCGAUAACAGCCAACUUGUCUUCAACGAACAGAAUGGAACUGACGCAAAGUUCUACGAUUUCCUGAAAAUGUCCACGAUCGCUUCUUGGGUGUCCCUGGUCACGUGGCUGAUCCUGACUGUCAUUGCGUGUUUUGCCAUGUGCUGCAGACAAGACGAGUAUGCCUAAACUGAACUUGCUGAUGACAUCAGGAUGAUGUCACCUUUGGAUCAAAUGUCCCCGAGAGUGUUGUAGUAUAAACACUUAGCUGAAGAAAGCGAAGGUUGUUCUCAAAUACCAUGCAAAAAUGGGAAGGAUAGUGGAUGACAACAUAGUCAUGGCGUUAUUCAGAAUAAUGAGCCUGAUCUGAAAAUUGACAUUAAAAUAAAAACCAUGAGCAUGAAGUAUAAAAAAAAGAGAUGGCAAUCACGGUGGGGUACUUCAAAUCGAAUAAAUUUUAAGUGUUGUUAGAUUUAAAUGCAUUUUUCUAAGUUAGGGUAGAAAGUCGAAACUAUCAGAUUAAUUAACAUUCGAACUUUUCAAACGUAUCUUUUUACUUUUCGAACGACUACUUUGUUUAUUCAAUUGCAUAUCUGUUUCAUGUACAGCCAGAGUUACUCAACCUAAAAGAUAUUAAAGAUAAAUCGCCUAACUAGGAAUUUCGUAAUGAGAUAAAAGACGACGGUCAAAUUUAAACUGAUCUGGGGUGUGGCGAAUGCAUGACGUCAUUCGAUGUGGUGUAAUGCUCUUAACGAUCUGACAACCGUCUCCAUGACUACGAUCCCAGUCACAUUUAUUGCACAUUUAUUGCUGAAUCUGAAUUUGGCAGGUCAUCAGAUUGUUUGCUUAACCAAUCCGAUGCAAGAAUCAGUACCCGACCUUUGCCCUCUAUUCUGCCAUGUUCCGUGGACUUCAGGCUGCUCAAGUCAUCUUUAAAGUCUCACCUUUGUCUCUAAAUAAUGUCCUAAACUCUUAAAGUUAUAAAACUUGAUGAAAAUGCCCCCAAUUUGGAGGAAAAAAGACAAUGCACUGAACCAGACGUUUUCAUCUUAAGAGACCAGAUAACGAGUACUACGCCGAAUGAGGCAGAAGCGAAGUGUAUGUUCAAAACCUGUCUUCAUUCACUGACUCAACGAGGUAUGUGAACGUAAACCAGUGAAGUGCAACCUCGUUGCCAAGAUUAUUCCCGCCCUCAGCGACUUAGCAUUAUAAUCAUCCUCCUGCCUUUAAGGUAAAAAUAAACACCAUUUAAUCUACAUCAAAGCCCUUUGAAAUGCAUGGAAUCAUAAGAGAUACCUUUGACAUUAGAUAUUUACAAUUUGUAAAUAAAACUUAGUCAAUAUUCAUAUCAGAAUGAUCAAAGAGGUAGUACAACUAAUCUACGCCAAAUGUACAAAUUCUUAAUGCAUUGAAUUGUGAGUGGAAAUUUGGAAAUUAUUUUUGAAUGAGAACAUUAUGCAAUCUACGCACUGCAGGAGACCUUUUGCGUUUGCGUUCAGGAUUUUCUUUGAAGAUUUUUCCCACUCACUGUGCAGAAAAUCAGGAUUGUGUUUCAAACUUUCUUACAGCAAAGCACUAAAACUCAUUGAAAGUUUCGCAGUUAUUUCUAAAGUUGCCAAAAACUGUUGUAGUGUCAACUGUUGUUUCACUUCAUACAAUGGGUAACAGUAGACGCUUUGAUAAACAUUC